AUGCCAGGACGGCCGAAUAUCGCUAUUGCGGGGCUUGCCUGCGAAACCUCCACUUUCUCUCCAGCCCGUACCUUAGCGCCCGCAUUCCAUCCACGGCGCGGCAACGAGGUCAUUGAAAAGUAUGCCUUUAUUCACCCGGAGACAACACUGGGGGAAGCUGCCAUAUGGCACGGAGCUCUCAUAGGCCAUGCAUUGCCUGGUGGAAUCGUGGCUCGAGAAUCAUUUGAAGAGCUGGCAAAUGAGAUCAUCGCUCGUUUAACGGAUAUCACCAGCUCAACUAAGCUGGAUGGACUUUGGUUUGAUAUUCACGGGGCGAUGUGCGUAGAGGACAUGGAUGAUGUUGAGGCGGAACUUCUGCGGCGUGUUCGCCAAGUCAUCGGACCAGAUGUUAUUGUCUCCGCGUCGAUGGAUCUUCAUGGGAAUGUUUCUCAACGAUUAGCACACCAGACUGAUCUUAUCACUUGCUAUCGGAUGGCACCCCAUGAAGAUGCAAUGGAAACGAAAGAAAGAGCUUGUCAGAAUUUGGUUGACGUUUUGACCUCUCCAAAUGCGAGCCCUGUCAGGCCUCUGAAAGCAUGGGUUUCGAUUCCAAUCCUUUUGCCAGGAGAACAAACAUCGACUCGCAUGGAGCCUGCAAAGAGCCUGUAUGGCCUGGUUCCAGACGUUGUUUCAACAGGAGGGGUACUUGAUGCUGCCAUUUGGGUUGGUUACGCAUGGGCUGAUGAGCCACGGAACCAUGCUGUGGUAGUUGUGACGGGAUGGGAGACUGAGUCCGUCAUCAAGGGCGCCCAGAAACUGUCAGAUUAUUUCUGGGAAAAGCGUGAAGAGUUUGAAUUUGUCGCACCAACCGGGUCGCUGACAGAGUGUAUCGAUGCGGCUUUGAGGUCCACUAGCAGACCCUUCUUCAUUUCAGACUCCGGUGACAACCCAACCGCUGGAGGAGCAGGUGAUGUGACUUGGAGCCUUAAUCGCGUACUCAACUGCUCUGAGUUCAAAGACGAAUCUGCCCCCAAAGUAAUUUAUGCCAGCAUCCCAGGAUCGACUGCUAUUGAAACCAUCCUGGAAGCUGGAAUAGAUGAUAUUGUUACUGUGACUGUGGGUGCCGAAGUCGAUAAUCUUCACGAAGGCCCAGUCACCAUGACAGGAAGAGUUCAUUCAAUCAAACAUGGCGAUCGCGAUGCUGUUGUGGAAAGUGUACUUCAAGUUGGAAGUGUUUUUGUGAUUAUCACAAAGUUGCGCAAGCCAUAUCAUCAUGAGUCUGACUUCACUGAACUGAACCUUCAUCCUCGCAAUGCCGACAUCGUGAUGGUGAAGAUCGGAUAUCUAGAGCCGGAACUAUUCAACAUGGCUGCAGAUUGGAUGCUCGCCUUGACUCCCGGUGGUGUUGAUCAAGAUUUGCCUCGCCUAGGACAUCGUCGUAUUCAUCGUCCAAUGUGGCCAUAUGAUCAACAGUUUAGUGAGCCACCAGAUCUGACUCCUCACCUCAUUCCGUUCUCCAAUGACCCUCUGUGGUUUUGA